CCGGUUGCGCCUCUCGGAAGCGGGCGAGCCUCGGCGCCGGCUCCAUGUGGCGCCGGCUGCGCUCCGCCCUCGGGAGGCUCAGCGGCAUCCCCGCCGGUGGUGGCCGCCUGCCCGCCGCCGCCACCAUGGAGCGGGCCGUGGUGCGGUGCGUGCCCUCCGAGCCCAAGUUGAGCCUGCGGUUAGUGCUUCCCGACGGCAGCGCUAGGCACAUGCAGCGGGACCAGGCGGAGCCGCUGGGCCGGGCGCUGGCCCGCAUCGCCACCAACACCGCCAAGGGCCACGCCAAGGCGGCGAAAAAGAGCAAGAAGGCGCGGGCGGAGGAUGGCUCGGCGGGGGAAGCGGCGGCGGAGACACCGGCCGUGCGGCUCUUCACCCGCGACGGGGAGGCGGUGGCCGAGGAGGUGCCGAACGCGGCGGCCUGGCAGGACGGGGCCGUGCUGCAGAUCGGGGAGGCGCAGUACCGCGUGGAGCGCAACCCGCCGGCCCUCACCGAGCUCCAGCUGCCGCGCUCGCUUCUGGCCGGCUUCCCCGUUUGUCCCAAGGUGAGCACCGAGUUCGCCGCUCCGGAGCACUGCCUCUUCCGCUGGUACCACCAGCAGCGGCCCGAGGCCGACGGGGAGGCGGCGGCGGGAGACGGCGGCCCGGGCUGGGUAGAGGCGGCGGGCACCGAGCGCGUCUUCACCCCCUCCAACGCGCUGGUGGGGCUGCGGCUGAAGCUGCGGUGCACGCCUGGGGACGGAGCGCAGCGCUACGGGCCGGCCCGCGAGGUGGAGAGCAGCGGCCCCGUGGAGGCCGGACCCGGUGCCUGCACCUUCGAUUCCCGGCACCUCUACACCAGGAAGGUCUGCGGCCAGGACUCCGUUCGCGCCGUCUCCUAUAACAUCCUGGCCGACACCUACGCCCAGACGGAGUUCUCCCGCACCGUGCUCUACCCCUACUGCGCCCCGUACGCCCUGGAGCUCGAUUACCGGCAGAACCUCCUCAAGAAGGAACUGGCGGGCUACAACGCCGACCUUAUCUGCUUGCAAGAAGUGGAUAAGUCUGUCUUCGUGGACAGUUUGUCUCCAGCCCUGGAUGCUUUUGGACUUCAAGGGCUCUUCAGGAUCAAGGAGAAGCAGCACGAAGGCCUGGCCACGUUCUACCGCAGGGACAAGUUCAGCCUCCUUAGCCAGCACGACGUGGCUUUCAGCGAAGCCUUGCUCUCAGACCUGCACAGGGAGUUGUGUGAGAAGCUGGCCGAGUACCCUCUGGUGAAGGAGAAGGUGCUUCAAAGGUCAUCUGUGCUGCAGGUUUCAGUUCUUCAGUCUACAGCUGUUCCUUCCAGGAAGAUUUGUGUAGCUAAUACCCACCUGUACUGGCAUCCAAAAGGUGGGAACAUCCGACUCGUCCAAAUUGCUGUAGCCUUGUCUCACAUCAAGCAUGUAGCAUGUGACUUGUAUCCUAGCACACCAGUCAUAUUCUGUGGAGAUUUUAAUAGUACACCAUCAUCUGGAACUUACAGUUUUAUUAAAAGUGGUGGCAUUGCUGAAGAUCAUGAAGACUGGGUCUCAAAUGGUGAAGAGGAAAGGUGCAAUAUGCCUCUAAGCCAUCCUUUCAAACUGCUCAGUGCUUGUGGAGAACCUGCUUAUACAAACUAUGUUGGUGGGUUUCAUGGAUGUCUGGACUACAUUUUCAUUGACAAAAAUGCUCUAGAGGUUGAACAGGUCAUUCCGUUGCCAAGUCAUGAAGAAGUAACAACCCAUCAGGCUUUGCCAAGUGUUUCACAUCCUUCUGAUCAUAUAGCACUAAUAUGUGACUUGAAGUGGAAAUAGAUCAGCUCUUGCAUGGUGCUUCGGGGUUUUUCAAACAAGAAACUCAACUGCUGGGGUGCUGAGGUUACACCCAGGCCUCUGUGCUACUGAAAGGAAAGUUAAAACAAUUACUGAAAAGCUCAUGUGUUUAGUGGUUCUACUGAAUAUUAUUACACUGUUCAGAAGAUUUGCAUGGCAACUUUUCCCUUUCCUUUUUAUAUUCUAAUACAAAAAUAUAUUUAAGGUAGGGGGUUUUGAAAAUUGGAUUAUCAUAUACCUUUUUAUGGGUGUUUUUAAAGGAUUAAAAAUUAUUUUGUUAAAAAAAGAUACAUUAAUUAAAUCAGAUUUAAAAGACAGUGAACAAACAACCCCAUUUAAUUCACAGCCAAAUGCAGAACCUGAAAACAUGCAUUUAGUUGAUUUGGCCUCAUUGUAAUUACUGUUGUGGCAAGACAGUGUUUGAAAAAAAUAAGCUUGUCUUGUUCAAUACCCAUUACUAUGUCUCAGAUUUUUAGUAAGUGGUGUGAACAAUGUACUUGUACCUGUUACCUUCUUAAAAGAUGUUCUUUAUUUAUCAGCGAAUAGGCCUUCUGUCAGCAGUCAACCAUGUUAAACUCCAGGUUAUAAUUGAUUUGGAAGCAUUUUACUUGUCCACUUAAUACGAGUAAUGAGGGUAACUUCAGCACUUGGUAAAAUUGGACUACAUAUAUAGGUAGCAUCUACUCUGAACAUCUGUUCCUUCUGUUGUUUACAGCCAUUGGCAAUAUAAGAAAUACUGAAGUUUAGGACAGCCAAGUCUAGAUGGGAGGGAGCUUUUUAACAAUAGAAUCUGUUUUCAGGUAGAGGGAGAUAGAGACUCACUUGUGUGGUGCAUUAGCUACCUGUGCCUAAAUCUUAAAAAAAAAACACAAGUGACUUGCAGACCUUUAUCCCAAUUGUCCUAUUUUGAUCCUCUAUUUCAUAAAAAAGGCUAAAUUUUUUAAAUAGUGUUUUUACCCACGUUUUUUCCUUCUAGAAAUAGUCUAGUCUUUCCUAUUUUGUAGGAGAUAAUUUGGAUGUGGGCAAAUGCAUUGUAUCUAUACCUUCAUUGACUGUGUUGGAGGGGUUUGACUCAUUCAAGAAGCUUCUUUCCCUGCAUUAUUAAUCCAUAUGAAGCAAACAGCAUUUGAAUACUAUUUCACUAGAUGUCCCUUUUGACCUAAUAAAAUUUCCUUUUAAGUUGUCUGUCA